AGACUAGUUUUACUAUUCAUCUGCGCCGGCGAAUGGAUCGGCCCAUAUUCUAUCAUGGCCCAACGCGCACUUCGUCGUUGCAGAAGCUUCCCUAGCCCUCUCGUUCUUCCCUUCGCGUUGCCAUCCCCAAGCACUCGCAUCCACACUCAACAUGGCGGCGGCGGGAGGCGGAGGCGCCACGCGGGCGCUGUCCCAGCGGGAGCAGGACAUACAGAUGAUGCUCGCUGCCCACGUCCACCUGGGCACCAAGAACUGCGACUUCCAGAUGGAGCGCUACGUCUACAAGCGCCGCACAGACGGCAUCUACGUCAUCAACCUUGGCAAGACAUGGGAGAAGCUCCAGCUCGCGGCCAGGGUCAUCGUUGCCAUCGAGAACCUGCAGGACAUCAUCGUCCAAGUCCGCCCGCCCCUACGGCCAGCGCGCCGUCCUCAAGUUCGCGCAGUACACAGGCGCCCACACCAUCGCUAGGAAGCACACCCCUGGUACCUUCACCAACCAGCUCUAGACAUCCUUCAGCGAGCCACGCCUGCUCAUCCUCACUGACCCAAGGACUGAUCACCAGGUUGAUUUGUUCUUCUACAGAGACCCUGAGGAAGCUGCUGCUGCGGCCCCUGAUUUUGCCGCAAUCACUGAUUACCCAUCAGCUGAUCAAUGGGGUAGUGACCAGUGGACCUCUGAUGUUGUUGCGCCUGCUGCUAUCGGUGCCGCUGGUACCGAAUGGGGUGCUGCUCCAGCUCCGGUUGCUGCUGCUGAUGGAUGGGAUCAAGCAGGGGCCCCUGUACCUGCACCAGUGGGUGGUGCUUUCCUCCUGUGGUUGCUCCUACUGGUUGGGACCCAGCGGCACAAACCGCAGCCCAGGGUUGGGAGUGAGUAGGCUUAGGCCGUCACUAUGAGAAGUCUUCUUCAGCUUAAAUUAAAUAUUUUCCGAAGCUUGAGUUUUAGGGCUUUCUAGCUGAACUUGUUGUGUCCCUGUUUUGAACACUGCUGCUACGAGGGGAGAGAGCUUGGGAAGAUGUUGUAUAAGUAGUUUUGCUUAUAUUCGGUGGAUCGGUGCAAUGUGAUGGUUCUAUGUAAACUCGUUCAGUUGAGAAGAUCUGAUUUCCAUGGAUCAUAUAUGUUUACAUUCCCAG